UUUGAAUUCGUUGCAUUCUGGAAAGGUCAAGUUGUUGGCACUGCGUAAAGGUAACAUUUUGGAGAGGUGCGCAGGUUUAAAGCUGUAUUUGUAAAGUAAUAAACUCAACGCAACUUAAAGGUGCUCUUUGUAACUUUUCUGAUCACCUGCUUGUCUCUGCGGAAAUAUUUUUGCGUGGAAUUUCAAUUUUAGUUUGACAUUAAGUCUAUUUGUCGCCAUGGAGAAAGCACGUGACACCUCCAGGCCAAGUUACAAGUGAGAUCUCUGGAGAAGUGACCACUCUCACAGUUAGAAUGCGUGUUUUUCAAGGAUUAUUUUUGAAGUAAACAGGUAGAUAAGUUAAACAGUGCACUGUGGAACACUCCAGGCCAAGCAGCAAUAACAUCUCCGUGGAAACAAGGAGGUGUCGGUCAGAUCCUCAUAAAAGUUACAUAGUGAACCUUUAAAACAUGAGGGAACAUUGCCAAAACUACCCUAAACUACACCAUUUGGAGACAGUAGCUUUGACUAAUUACCUCAUAAUAUUGGAAAUUAGUGCUUCACGAUACAAUCUCCUCUCCAAAAGCGUUAUAAACUUAUGUAUUUAACGCCAGAAUUCAUGAGGUCACCAAAAACGUGUCCAGCGAGAUGCCAAGCUGUUGUUACUGAUGUGUUCCAUGCGUGCACACUGAAGGGGCGUGGCCAAUAUCAAGGUAGUCCCCACCGUGUUUUGCCUCUUCACUCAGCCACGGGGCCAGUCAAGUCAGCCAGAGCGACUGAGUGGAGCGGAGGAGGACCAGCGCGUACCGGAGAAUUGGAUACUUAUUACGCACGGCCAUUAAGCGCUUCUGCUCAGCCCGACGCAUGCAUCUCCGUGUGUCUUCAUUGCCGCUCGGUUCGCGUCUCGUGUCGGAUGCUGGGUGCAGUUGGUCCCCGUGUCAAGAAGACCAUACAAAAACCUCACCACGCGCGGACGAGCUAACCAUGGACAGCUUAGUUAGCCGCUGUAAGAUCGUGGUGGUUGGGGACACGCAAUGUGGGAAAACUGCGCUCCUUCAUGUCUUCGCCAAGGACUGUUAUCCAGAGACCUAUGUUCCCACUGUGUUCGAAAACUACACAGCCAGUUUUGAGAUCGAAAAGCACCGCAUAGAACUGAAUAUGUGGGACACGUCAGGUUCUUCUUACUACGACAACGUGCGUCCCCUGGCUUAUCCCGACUCAGACGCUGUCCUCAUCUGCUUCGAUAUCAGUCGUCCAGAGACAUUGGACAGUGUCAUUAAAAAGUGGCAAGGGGAGACACAGGAGUUUUGUCCCAAUGCCAAAGUGGUGCUGGUGGGCUGCAAACUGGACAUGAGGACGGACGUCAACACUCUCCGAGAACUGUCCAAGCAGCGCCUCAUCCCCGUCACCCACGAGCAGGGCAGCACAAUCGCGCGUCAGAUGGGAGCCGUGGCGUACGUGGAGUGCACAUCCAAAGUGUCGGAGAACAGCGUACGAGACGUGUUCCACAUCACCACGCUGGCAUCUGUCCGCCGACCACACAAAACGCAAAUGAAACGCAGCAGCUCCCGUAGGGGCCUAAAGAGGGUAUCCCAACUGCCCCUGCCUCCUCUGCCCGGGCGGACUGAGACAAUGGACCAAGCCCCAGCCAUUCGGAAGGACCGGGCUAAAAGCUGCGUGUUGAUGUAGAACUCCUAUGAUCAAAAUGGACUGUACAUACGACACAGAAUAUAACAGAGGAAGUAUAUUUAUUGUUUCAUUAUUGUUUUCCUCAUAUUUUAUUUUUUGCACUGCUAAGGAGCGCUUUGGAGGAGUUUCCGUGUUUUGCCUAUUUUCCGAGCUGUUUACACAUUUGUUGUUGGUAAUUGGACUAACCCGCCUGGACAAUAUAUACUAGAGGAAUUAUUUUCUACAACUGGUUUAAGAAGAAGAAGAAGAAGAAGAAGACGAAGACGAGGACAAAGGAGGAAGCCAUUUUGGAUUGCCUUGUCAGUUAUAAAGGACAAUUGACAAGCUACGAGCAGUACUAUUUGUAGUAAAAGUUUAUAAGGGAUUUUAAAGGGGACAUAGAUUGACAGCUCAGGUCAAACAGCUGGGAAUGAGAUUCAGUGACAGAGAUGUUGUGGAGGUGUGUGUACGCUACCGCAAGUGCAUUUUAAAGAUGCACUGUGUUAUUGUUCUGGUGGAGGGUCCGACACAUGCUUGUCUCUAUGGAGAUGGUAUUACUUUGCCUGGAAUGUUCCAUGGUAUAACAUUAAACAUAUACAUCUAACAUUUAUUCAUUACAUGUGUUUCUGUUGCUCAAAAAUACAGUAAUUCAUUCUGUGAAUGGGGGUGACUCUCCACAGAUCUGAACUGUAAUGUAGCGUAGUGUUGUUACCUGCUUGAUUCCCUCGUGAUAGAUAGGUUUAAUCUAUACUGUGGAACAUUCUAGACAAAGCAAUAGCAUUUCCAUGGAGGCAAAGAGGUGGUGGACCCUCCACCAGAAAUGUUACACAGUGCACCUUUAAGCAAAGAAACUACAGCAAAAUGCAGUUUAAAGUCUAAUACCAUUCUUUACAAAUACGUUAUUGUCAGUCUGCCCCCUGACCGUUCCUGUUAAAUCAGUCUGUUUCUUUGUGAAGAUUGCAGUGGUCAGAUGUUAGCACUAUUUUGUUGUACUUUCAC